CCCCACCCCCCGCUCCUCCCGCACCCCUCCCGCACACCCGCACCCACGUAUAUGCAGACCGCGACCGCCGCCGCCGUUCAGUCCCGCGGACACAGCCUGCGGGGAAGGACGGACCCGUGGCCGGACUCUCCGCAGCCUCCGCUGGGAGCCACAGCCGCCGGCUUUUGUCCGCAGCCCUCGCCGGGAGCCGACCCUUUUUGCUCGGCCGGCGCCUGGCCGCGAGCAUGGACGCGGCGCUCUGAAGGCGAAGGAGACCCGCCGGAGGGCGGAUUGGGAAGUUCGAAUAACGAUUUUUAUCGCUUCCCUUUCCCCCUGCCCUCUCCGGUGCGGUUCACUCCCUUCCCCCAUCUUCCUUUAGCAUUUUUUUCUUUUUCCCGUCACAUUUUUUUCCCUUUUUUUUUUUUUUUAAAUCCACACAGUGUGGUUUGAUUUUCUUCUUUUUUCUUUUUUUUUUUUUUUAAUUUUUAUUUUAUCUUGAUUUUACUUGGUUACACCCGUCUCUACCGCCCGUAGAGACCGGUGUCCCCAAGCGGCUGCCACCGAGCGCCACCCGGACCCGAGGGGCUCUGCCAUGGAUCGCACUGGCUGCUCCAGCGGGGCCAGUGACCGCAGGCAGACCGAGGAGAGCAAGCCGCUGCUGGGCGAGAUGUCCGCUCCCGAGGGGAAUAAAAUGGGUGCCGCGCCGUGCCGGAGAGCCCCGCUCCACUGCAACGGCAUGAGGUACAAGCUGCUGCAGGAGGGGGACAUCCAGGUGUGUGUCAUCCGGCACCCCCGGACGUUUCUGAGCAAGAUCCUCACCUCCAAGUUCCUGCGGCGGUGGGAACCGCACCACUUGACCCUGGCGGACAACAACGUCGCCUCGGCCACGCCAACUGGGUACAUGGAAAACUCCAUUUCCUACAGUGCUAUUGAAGACGUUCAGCUGCUCUCCUGGGAGAAUGCCCCUAAGUACUGUUUACAGCUCACGAUCCCGGGGGGUACUGUCUUACUGCAGGCUGCAAACAGUUACCUGAGGGAUCAGUGGUUCCAUUCUUUGCAGUGGAAGAAAAAGAUUUACAAGUACAAGAAAGUGCUCGAUAACCCAGGCCGCUGGGAGGUGGUGUUGAAGGAGAUCAGGACACUGGUGGACAUGGCGCUAUCGUCUCCCCUUCAGGAUGAGUCCAUUCACCAGGCACCACUGGAGAUUGUCUCAAAGCUGCUCUCAGAGAACAACAACUUAACCACUCAAGACCACGAGAGCAUUAUUGUGGCAAUUGCACCUUUGCUGGAAAACAACCAUCCUCCUCCUGACCUCUGUGAAUUCUUCUGCAAGCACUGCCGGGAGCGCCCGCGGUCCAUGGUUGUGAUUGAAGUGUUCACACCAGUGGUACAGAGGAUUCUCAAACACAACAUGGAUUUUGGGAAGUGCCCUCGUUUGCGGCUCUUUACUCAGGAGUAUAUUCUGGCUUUGAAUGAGCUGAAUGCUGGAAUGGAGGUGGUGAAGAAGUUUAUUCAUAGCAUGCAUGGUCCAACUGGACAAUGCCCCCACCCCAGGGUCCUGCCAAAUCUUGUAGCUGUCUGCUUAGCAGCCAUUUAUUCGUGUUACGAGGAAUUUAUCAACAGCCGAGACAAUUCACCGAGCCUGAAGGAAAUCAGGAAUGGAUGCCAGCAGCAGUGUGACCGAAAGCCUAAUCUGCCUCUCCGCCUUCUUCAUACAAGUCCUGAUCUGGUCUCUCAAGAGGCCACCGUGACUGAAUCUCGCACCAAACCACCUAUUGUUACUUCAAAUGAGAUCCACGUGGAAAUGGAGCGCACCAACACAGCUAAUCAGAAGAUGACAGCCAAUGCUGGCAAUGACAGCGAGCCCAACCUGAUUGACUGCUUGAUGGUCAGUCCUACCUGCAGCACCAUGAGCAUUGAGCUGAGUGCCCAGGCAGACAGGAUCCUUGGCUGUUAUGUUGAAAUACUCAAGAUGCUGUCAGACUAUGAUGACUGGAGACCAGCCCUUGCCAGCUUGCUUCAACCUAUCCCAUUUCCAAAGGAGGCUCUUGCACAUGAGAAAUUUACAAAGGAGCUGAAAUAUGUGAUUCAGAGAUUUGCAGAAGACCUGAGGCAAGAAGUCCACUCAUGCUUGCUGAGUGUGCGGGCUGGCAAGGACGGCUGGUUCCAGCUCUACAGCCCUGGUGGAGUGGCAUGUGAUGAUGAUGGGGAGCUGUUUGCCAGUAUGGUGCAUAUUUUAAUGGGAUCCUGCUAUAAAACAAAGAAGUUUCUGCUUUCGCUGGCUGAAAAUAAACUGGGACCUUGCAUGCUGCUGGCCUUAAGGGGUAACCAGACAAUGGUUGAGAUUUUAUGUCUGAUGCUGGAAUACAACAUCAUUGAAAAUAAUGACACCCAGCUCCAGAUCAUCUCUACCCUGGAAAGCACAGACGUGGGAAAGAGAAUGUAUGAACAGCUGUGUGACAGGCAGAGGGAGUUAAAAGAGCUGCAAAGAAAAGGUGGUCCCACAAGAUUAACACUGCCAUCCAAGUCCACCGAUGCAGACCUGGCCCGCUUGCUAAGCUCAGGAUCUUUUGGGAAUCUGGAAAACCUCAGCCUGGCCUUUACCAAUGUGACAAGUGCUUGUGCUGAGCACCUCAUUAAACUGCCUUCUCUCAAGCAGCUGAACCUGUGGUCAACUCAGUUUGGAGACGCAGGGCUGCGGCUUCUCUCUGAACACCUCACGAUGCUGCAAGUGCUCAACCUCUGCGAGACGCCUGUCACAGAUGCUGGGCUGCUGGCACUUAGUUCCAUGAAGAGCCUGUGUAGCCUGAAUAUGAACAGCACCAAACUUUCAGCAGAUACCUACGAAGAUCUCAAGGCGAAACUACCCAAUUUGAAGGAAGUGGAUGUCCGCUACACCGAAGCGUGGUGAAAUCUCUGCCUCUGACUCUUCUCUUUUGCUUCUUGCGAGGAGGAAAGGAUUUUUAAAACAAACAGAGAAAAAACAAACUAAGAAAUAACUUUUGUCUAAUCCCUGUAGAGCAGUGAGUUUUGGGGAUUUGGUGUCAGGAGUUGUGGUUGUGGGGGAGAGGAGUGGUGUUGUGUGUGUGUGUGUUGGGGGGGGGGACAGGGCAAGCCUGGACCCAGAUGGAUUCUUUCAGCUUUGUGAUUUCACGAAUCUACAUAAAUUUAAAUAGAAAAGUAAAAAAAAAAAAAAAAAAAAAAAAGAAAAAAGAAAAAAAAAACAACUUUGUAGCAGCAAGAGGAUUAUAAAGAAGAAAAAAAAGACAAAACAAAAAAAAAACCUUUGUGGGUUUUAUUUGCCUUUGUGUUUUAUGCGGUGUGGAGAAAAAAAUAAUUCGUUUGUUGUUAUUUGCCUGGGUUUUCUUGGCUGGCGCCCAGGUAGUCAGAACUCUGCCACCAGUUCUGCUCCAGAAAAUCCAACUUACAGAAAUCUCAAGAGGAGAAAACCAAAACCAGUAUGAUUUUCACCUCCCCCCCCUUGUCCUGCAGUUGUUACACAAAGUAGUUGUUUUUCUUUUUUGUACAUAAGAUUUACAUUAUGCACCUAUUUAAGAAAAUGGUUCACAAAUAACAGGUCUGGGACCUGUCUUUUAUUUAUGAGUUGUUAAUUCUUUUACCUUUUCUUUCUUUUUUUUGUGUUUAGAACUGUAUAAACUAGUUUGCUGUCUUGUUACUAGUAUUUCUUUUUUUUAAAGGAUUUGUCCUCUUUGAAGAAUUGCCUUUCAGUAAUGCAUACUGUAUUAUACUCCCUCUCUGUCACAACAUUCAUCACAUUGUCCUUUCUGACUUCGAAAUGCCUCUACUGUUAUAAGAUAUUUCCUUCCUGUUACCAAGUAGGAAGGAAAAUAUCUCUCAUGGGGUUAUAGCUGUAGGGGGAAGGGUGCAGAGAUUAAUACAAGCCACAUUUCCUUCUGAAGCCUAUAAGCUUUUUCUAGUCUUUUAAACUGUGUCAGGUUUAAAUGUGGGGAUAGGAACGAGAUACCGUGUAUUUUGCCAAUAGGGUAUUCGCCAAACUCUGUAGCUUUUACAAGUUGCCUCUGUUGUUUUCUGUGUACGUCCAAUAUUUCAGAAAGAGAAAAAAAAGCUCUCCCUCCAUGUUGUGCAUCAGUUUGUUCUGUUCCCCCCCCCUCCCCUUCCCUUUCCCUCACUACCUGUUCUGUGCACGCAUUGUUCUGCAUGUUCCUCUGGGGAGACUGAAGAAAUAGCGUUGUUGCUGAUCUGAUAGCUCUGACCUGUCUGUAAUGUGACUGCUACAUUUUUCAAACUCCACAAUUGCUUAGAAGGUGAUUUUUUUAAUAAUUGUGGUUUCUUUUAUAUCUGCGCUGUCGACUCCUUUUUUUCAUAAUGAGCCUUUCUUGUACAGACCUGCUUAUUUAAAAAAAGCAAACCAAAACAAAAUGAUGUUUUCUUUCUUCUGUUUUAACACCUUUAUUUCUUUAUUUUAUUCUUCAGCACCUCAAGGUUUCACAUGCAGCCAUUUUUUUUUUUUAUAUAUAAAAAUAUAUUAUAUUUAAUCUUAUUCAGUGGAAGCCAAGCUUUUGGGUUUUGUUGUUUUGGUUUUGUUUUCUAUAGGUUUUUUGUGUGUUUUUUGUUUUUGCUUGUUUGUUUUCUUUUUUGUUUUGUUUGGUUUCAGUUUUAUUUUAUUUUAUAUUUUAUUUUUAACCUCUGUUGCUGCCCAAAUCAUGAGGUUUCCAUCUUUUUUUUUUCUUUUUUUUUUUUUUUUUUUUUUUAAUGAGUGAAAGGGGAAUUGAAUUUUAACUCAAGUAACGUGCCAGGUUUCCCCCCCUUCAAAUCCCAAGCUGUAUGAAGAUGCAGUAUGGGAAGAAAGAAUUAAAACAAAUUAGAAAGAAGAAAAAUUAAGCCAACAUUUUCCUUAGCACUGUUGCUUUUACCAAUGGUUUACUACUACUGUUCUGUAGCUGUGUACAAAGAGAUGUGAAAUAAUUUCAGGCAAAAAUAAACUGUAAGUGAGUAUCUUUUA